UUUUCCCUUCUUCCAGCAGAUUUCCUGCAACCACUGUCUCGAUAUUCCUCGAAAGCCCAGGAACUCAAGAAUAGAACAUUGUACCACCCUUACAUAGGGCACUUGGUCACUCUGAGUUCCUUGGAUCAUUCACAUCGCCGACCCGGCUCGCCUGCUCCCCGAAAGAGGGCUUCGCAGGGUUGCGGCUGUACUUUUCCAAGUACGCACCAUCCAUGACACGAAUAACAACAUUCGGACGUAAGCAGGGAUGUGCCGCUUGGUUAUCCUAUUGCAAUGGUUGCUGGAGGAUACGAAGGAGGAGAGUUGAUCGGAUACGAAACCCCCCUCUUGAUCUUCCAUCACGUAGAUGUAUCGUCAUGACCUCGUUUAAUUAAAAUUUAUCACAGUAUAAGAUACGAAGAAGUUAGCGAAGGUUCAUGACAAUUCCUGAAUCGAAACCCAUCCCGCUCAAUACUUAAAACAGUCAAGCAUUUUGAUACCUCCCAAGUCAUCCAACAUGGUCGCUGAUGCCAUGCCAAAAUUCGCUGUUCUUAUCGACGCAGACAAUGCGCGUCAUUCCAACAUCCAUCGCCUGCUCGCCGAAAUUGCAAAAUACGGAACAGUUUACGCAAAGCGAGCAUAUGGAGACUGGAGCAGUCAAUAUCUCAUAGGCUGGAAGGACCAGCUUCUUCAUCACUCAAUCCAACCCAUACAACAAUUUGCAUAUACUCAGGGCAAAAAUGCUACAGACUCAGCCAUGAUCAUCGACGCCAUGGAUCUUCUCUAUACUAGCCGCUAUGAUGGCUUUUGCCUUGUCUCCAGCGACAGUGACUUUACCAAAUUAGCCUCUCGUAUCCGCGAGUCCGGACUCGUGGUCUAUGGUUUCGGCGAGCAAAAGACGCCAAAGCCUUUUGUUGCUGCGUGUAAUAAGUUCAUCUAUACGGAAAACCUCGUGCAUGUUGAUGAGCUGGAGCCACAUGCCACUAGCAUUCGCGCACCUGAACACCGUGUAGCCAUCGAGAAAAUACAAACCGACGAAUCCCUAGCAACUCAGCUGCGAACAUCGGUAGAAGCAGCCUCGGGUGAUGACGGUUGGGCUAGUCUUUCCGAAGUUGGUGCUCUCUUAACUAAGAGGCAUCCGGAAUUCGACUCCCGUAGUUACGGAUAUCACAAACUCAGUGAUUUGAUAGCUGCCUCUUCUUUGUUCGAAACCAACUUCCAGUCUCAUCCACACAACCCAUCUACCAGAAUUUAUGUCCGUGAUACGCGCCGCAAGUCGAGCUGAUUUGUUGGCUGGGGACAAUGUUCGAUCUUCAUAUCCUCUAGGGGUUGAUUUCCCAUUGAACCGCCUCGAGUAACGAUUGCAAGCCUGAAAAAGGUUUAGUGUGCUGCAAUCCUGGAAAUUCACAUCAAGCUCUGCAACGUCGAUCAAUCCGCAAGCACUACGUCGAAUUCAACAGCUAAACAAGCCACUGCAUCACCUUUGUUAGGAAUUGCAGAGUGAAAAUCGCUUCUGUCGCACUAACUAUCAGGUGCCCGUGUGACUUAGUCUAUGGUUUCAUGCUUAUCUGAAACAGAUCACCUGAAAAGGACCUGUUUCAGAAAGGCUAUACUAAAAGUGAG